UGGGAAGGACAGGUAAUGAGACAGUAACAGUGUGGGUGUGCACAGGGGCUGUAGGCAGCAGCCCAGCUCCCCCACUGGUCAGACAGUUGGUAUGCUCCAGGAUCUGAGCAGCUCCUUCUAGCAUCCUUCAUCCUUCAGGUACCAGCCAUCUGGGCAGUGCUUGAGCUGCAGAAACUGGGACCAGCCCUGGAUUCUACCUGACCCUCCCCAGUAGCCUUCUCUGUAUUAGCUGCUUCUGCUGCUGCGUCAGAUACUUUCAACUGCAACUCCCUGCAAGGUGGGGCACUCAUCUCAGGCAGAAGGUUUUGGUGCACCCCACUGAUCCUACUCCUGAGGGCUGCCGCUGCCUGUGGGCUCAGGAUGAAAGGGGAGACCCCUGUGAACAGCACUAUGAGUAUUGGGCAAGCCCGCAAGAUGGUGGAACAGCUUAAGAUUGAGGCCAGCUUGUGCCGGAUAAAGGUGUCCAAGGCAGCAGCAGACCUGAUGACUUAUUGUGAUGCCCACGCCUGUGAGGACCCCCUCAUCACCCCUGUGCCCACUUCGGAGAACCCCUUCCGGGAGAAGAAAUUCUUCUGUGCCCUCCUCUGAGCUGUCCUGUCCCUCCUCAUAACUCUUCAUCUUUCCCUCACCCCAGCCCUUCCUUACUUAGGUCAGUAGCUAUAAUGAGCUCCUGAGGGUCCCUGAAUCCCAUCCUUAGCCCUGGCCCAACCCUGUGAGGUUAUCUAAAGCACAAAGCCCUCCCUCACCUAUCUGCCGUCCCCAUUUCCUCACCCACUGUGGCAGGACCCAGAGCACCCCCUAACUCGGGGCACCCUUAGUUCCAUCCCCAGAAGGGCUGUCAAACUGCCAGCAUCCUACCCGCUUCCCUCUGUGACCCGGUCAGACAAUGGAGAGAGGGAUGGCUCUCAAGUCUCACCUGGAGCUAUUGGAAGGGCAAAGCCAUUUGAAGAAUAAAGUCAUACAGUCUCAGAGGACA